ACAGCCGGUGAGGUAAACAAACCGUGAUGGAGGGACUGAGGGGCGUCGUAUGGGUGUUCCUCUUCGCUAUAUUUUUGUCGUUGUCAUGGUGUAAGAAGUUCGACGGGGCUGAUAAACCUGCCUGGGCCAAAAAGAAUAUCAGAGACUAUAGUGAUGCUGACUUGGAGAGACUAUUGGACCAGUGGGACGAAGAUGAAGAACCAUUACCCGAGGAUGAACUGCCAGAGCACCUGCGACCCCAACCCAAGUUGAAUUUUGAUCCCUCUAAUAUUGGAGAUCCAGAAGAACUUUUAAAGAUGAGUAAGAAGGGCCGUACACUCAUGAUGUUUGUACAGGUGAAGGAGGAGCUGAGCCCUGAGCGAGCUGAAGAAGUGACUAAGCUGUGGCAAGGUUCACUCUUCAACAACCACAUACAGGCCGAGAGAUAUAUGGUGGACAAGAGGCGGGCAAUUUUCAUGUUCAAGGAUGGUUCCCAGGCCUGGGAUGCUAAGGACUUCCUGGUGGAGCAGCAGGAGCUGCAGGAGUGUUCGAUGGAGAACAAAGUGCACCACGGACGUCAUACUCCGGAGGGGAAGAAAGAACUGAAGGAGGCAGAGGCCAGGAAGAAUCCCAAAGCUAACAAAUCCAAGAAGAAGAAGAAGAAGGAGGAGCUAUAAUUGUUGUUUUCACUCGUAGGUUAGAUGAAUCAUGUCCUACCAUCAUCAUCCAUCCUUCUGACGUUUGUUGUUAUUCAGUCCUAUUAUGAGUGUACAAGUUAAUUAAUAUCCUUAAUAUGAAUGAAUUUUCAUAUAUAGCUGAAAUGUGUAUUAUUUUAAUUUUAUUUAAGAGUACUGUGUACAAUUUGUCGCCAAGUUACGAUGCUUGACUUACGAACACCUUUUUUUAUGAACAGGAUCCCAAUACAUUCAUCACAAAAAUCUGUAAUUAAAGUUUUAUUUUUAACAUUACUUUGUAUUGUUUAACAUCACUUUAUUUACAGGUAUUUACAUUACUUUUUAUGUUUAUGAUAUUAAUGUUUUGUAUGUUCAGGGUUGUUUUAACAUUAACCAAACCAAUGGAAAUAACACUGUACUUGAAAGAGCCAGUUAUAAUAAUAUUUUAAGUGAAUUCGUAAUUCAAGUCUUAUAUCACUUUGCUUUGAUAAAUUUAUUUUCUACAAAGUGGGUAUUGGUGUCUUAUUGCUCUGCCCUGGUGAAAAGUUGAGUGAGUGAUAUAUAUGAGGUGUGUAUUUUGUAAUAAAGUGUUGAAUUAUAA